AAUUAACGAUAGAGAUUCCGUGCUUGCUUAGGUCAUUGAGGCGAGGAGUGAGAGUGCGAUAGCGGCAGCGGCUAGGUUUGUCUUCGCGUUUCUCCAAUUGUUGGGUUAUCGCUUGAAGAGCAAUGGAGACGGACGACGACAUGGGUACGGACGACGAGAUGGGUCUUGUGGAGUUGUUUGGUUACGACAAGUUGGAAAGAGAAUUAAUCCUCAGGCAAAAUAAUUUUUCUUCAUCUUCGUCGCUAUAUGACGCGAUAAAUGAUGACCGUGAUGAGAUGACACCAGAGGAAGCCUACUCCUACAGCGAACAAGUUUUGAAAAGUGACGGCUUUGAUGUUUCUGACAUCCCUGGCGUCAAUUGUUUCCACCAAAUUCUACCAUGCAACAUAGACUACAACUAUGAUAAAUAUAAACGGUAUUCGCAGCUCGCAAUCGACGAAUACAAUCGUCGGUUCAAGGAUGCCAAUGCAGAGUUGGAGUUUGUUAAGGUCUUGAAGGCAAUGGGUCAGGCUUCCAGGGGAAUCAGGUAUUAUUUAACCUUCGUGGCCAAGGAUCUUGGCGAUGGAGGUGAGAUUAAGACGUAUCAAGCUGUGGUAUUGGAUGGUAUAGACUCUGAGACAGCGGAUUCCUUUAGGCUAAAGCCCCCCGAGGAUGAGCGAGAAAAUCAAAGACUCGUUAGGAUGAAAUUGAUACUCAUGCAAAAUCUCCAUGAUAUUGAAGUGAUGGGUAAGGAAGAUUCUUAUCUGACAAAUUGACAGCAAUAAAAAAUGAUGUGACAAGUUUGGUCUCAAUUUUCAAAUGUCUUGGGAUAGUUUGGGUUAUGCCCUUGGGAACGGUGGAGCUUAUGGCAUGCUGAAAGGGAAAAUAGUAAUCUUUGUCGUCUAGAUGUGUGGUGAAUGAUUCCAUUAUGCUUUAGCGUCUUUAAGUUUGGACAGUGGCAUAUGAUAACCUUAGCUUACUGCUUGUAGAUUUGCCACCUGUGUACAGGGGCCGCACCUUUAAUAAAAUCUCUAUUACCCAUUUAAAAAAAUCAAAGACAUGGUAUUGCUUCCACUCUGAAAUAUACUCUAUAUCCUUCCCUAAUCCUCCACUGCCACUGUACUAAUCCAUAGUAAAUCUAUAACAAAUCUCCCAUCUAAUUGGACUAGGCUACUGGAUCCUUUUAUGCCAUUCAUAAAUUUUAGAGCCAAACCCCUAGAGAUUGGCUCAGGUGGUAAAGGCCUUGGGCUUAGGGGUAUGCUCCCCCUAGGUCUAAGGUUCAAAUCCCCUUGGGGUACAAACAAUAUCUAGGGUCCAUUGUUUGGUUAUGAUCUCUGAGGAGAUUUGUAUACUAUAUUAGAGUGGUAGCUCAAUGGGACUACUCAUUCUUUUCACGUUUUCAGACGUGUUAGGAUGAAAUUAAUACUCAUGCAAUCUCUAUGAUAUUGAAGUGAUGGGUAAGAAUUCUUAUCUGACAGAGACAGCAAUGAAAAAUUAGGUUGUUUACAUCGUCAAGGAGAUUACUCUUGUGGAUGAGAUGAGCUGGAUGUAUAGGAAGAGCAGGGCUUCGCAGUGACGUGGCCAGAGCACUUUGGUACUCAAUUUUCAAAUGUCUUGGUAUAGUUUGGGUUAUGCCUUAGGUAAGGGUGGAGCUUAUGGCAUGCUGAAAGGGUAAAAUAAUAAUCUUUGUCGCCUAGAUGUGGGGUGAAUGAUUCCAUUAUGCUUAAUGUGGGGCUUUUGGGAAGAAUGCAGUGGCUGUUUCUCUGAUGACGGAGAAAGACGGUGCUUGAGCUUGAAUUCAUUAUGUUUAAGUGUCUCUAACCUCGGACAGUGGCAUAUGAUAACCUUAGCUUUCCUGCUCGUAGAGAAUGCCACCUGUUUACAGGGGCAGCACCUUCUCAUUUUUUUUUUGAUAAGUAAUAAGAGAAUUUUAUUCAUACGAAUGAAGUAGGCAUAGCCCGUGUACACAGGAAGUAUGCAAAAGAAACACCUAAUUACAUUCUAGCUAAAGAAAGAAAAUCAUGGACAUUGUUUCCAUCAAGUAUAAUGGCUGAAAACCACAACCUUAAAGUGCGCAUAAAAAAAUUCUGAAGUUCCUCCAUUGUGCAUUCCCUAUCUUCAAAGCAUCUCUCAUUCCUCUCCGACCAUGUACACCACAUGAUACACAACGGGAUCAUCUUCCACCCUGGCACCUUCUCAUUCUACUAGAUAUUUAUCCACCAACUCCUCAUUUGAGGUUCUUGUCCUGUUAUCCUCUUGUUCUCAUUCCACUAACUAUCGAUCUUUUCUAGCCAUCAUCUCUAGCCUAUCUUCUGUCAGUUAUUCAAAAGCUUUUGGUUAUGGAAAUGAGAUGGAGCCUGUCCUGGAAGUCAAUAGAGUAACAUUUGAUAAUCUUGCCGGAGAUUUUAUUGGGAAGUAUCCUCUGAUUGCUAUUACAAACUGUUGGACUUUAAACUUCUGGUUUAAUAUAUAUUAGAAAGUGUCCGGCUUCUAUAAAAUAGGAGAGUGGUUACAGGAACCUUAACCUUUUGUUUAGCAUUGUUCAGUUGCUGUUUCGACUUCAAGACUUUGUAAGAGAAGCUAUACAGAUUUUCGGUGUUGAGUUUAAUUUUGAUGAGUAAUAUUUAGCAUUGAUUUUUAUUUCUUUUUUUUUUUUUUUGAUAAAUUAUUGUUGAUUUAUAUUUAUUUUUUAUCUUUGUAUUAUUUCAUGUAGACUCUGGCAGUCGUGGGAGACAGUGGUUUUGGCAAAAUCACCUCUGCAAUGGU